ACAGGCUGUUUGACGAUAUAUAACCGACGAGGGACAGGCUGUUUGACGAUAUAUAUACCAGCGGGGGUGAGGCUGUUUGAUGACAUAUAUACCGACGGGGGACAGGCUGACGAUGUUGGGAGGUGGGCGUGAUGUGUCAUUUUGUGUUUGUUUAUUUUUUUUGCUUCGGGGUGGGGAGAGGUUAACAGUGGUGGGAGGCAGAGUUCAAGUUUACGUUAUGGCGCACGAAAAACCCUCCAAGGAUGGGGGCCCUCCAAGGAUAAAAUGCAAGGAGAAAAAUGGGAAGAUCCCAGGUCUGUCAUUUGGAAAAGGGCUGGAGCAGACAUUCGUGCAUGCUGUCGGAGAGGGAAUCUCGUUUGGCGCCUAUAAGGCGGAUGGCUUUUACGGCAUUAACGUGAUUAAGCAGGUGAUCUGGGUAGAUGGAGUCUCGUAUGUGCUGCACGAUAUCUUCGGCAUCGAUCGCUCCCGAGAUGAGAAGACUUCAGUCAACGAGGAUCAUUCCAAACAGGAGUGCGUAAUCUGCCUGGCAGAGAACAGGGACACGCUGGCAUUGCCGUGCAGACACUUGUGCAUGUGCAGCGAGUGCGCAAAAGCUCUUCGGUAUCAGACCAACAAGUGCCCCAUCUGCCGGAGCGAGCUUCACUCAUUGCUCGUAAUCAACCUUGGCGACACGCCAGCACAACUGCCAUAGGUGCAAUGGAAGCUCUUGUGCUUCGGCAGGGGUGGCCUCAUUUACGCAGCUUGGAGGAGAAGUACUGAUGAAACCAUCGUGCACAUGACUAGAGACAGUCAAGGGAAGUGGCCGCUGCUCUGCUGACAUCGCUGGCUCGGAGAUGUGCUUCCCGUUGGAUGAAGUGAUGUGCUCCAAUGAUGCCGAUUUAUUGAUUGCCAAAACAGUAUGGGGUUGGUUAUCUCUCUCGAGUUGAGAUGAUGCCGUGAAGACAAACAGGAGGAAGAGAGCGGAGAAGAAGAAGCGGUGGUAAUAUGUCUGUAGCUGGAGUUGGGAUGGGGGGGGGCAUGCGUAUUUUGUGCAUAUGUACUUGUAUAGUGAUUGAUUUGUCCUGCGAUUCUGUGCAGAUUGUGGCUUGUAAUAAUUAGAGUGGUAAUUGUACAGGAAGAUGGGAGGGAGGGUUGUGGAGGGAGGGGGAGGAGGAGGAGGAGGAGGAGGAGGAGGAGGAGGAGGAGGAUCAAAAACACACCGGCAAAUGAGUGCUGCUUCAACCAGCCACAGCCUUCAGCAGAGAUCGUGAAGAGGAGGUGACAUGUUCUUGCUUUCGUCUGCAGCUCGCAGUCUCUUCUCUUCCCUCUCCUUCGUCGUCCGAUGCGCUAUUUUUGUUGCUCUUUCUACCUUCGUUUUCCUCUUUCUCUCUCUUCUCAUUCCUGUUCGCCAAUUAUGUCAUUUGUCUGUCAUCUUUUCGUUCCAUGCUGCUCCUCUUCAUACACACCUGCACAUAAGCGAGCUGGGUACCUUUGUGUUGCCCGACAGAGUAGAACUGCAGCAGGGAGCCAUAGCUGUGCUUCCCGACAGCUGUCUGUUUUCAGGCAGGCAUGCCAUUUGUACCUGUUGUCUUGAUAGAGGCAGGAAGUCGUGAUAGAUAGACGUCUGUCGGAAUAUCCGUUUUCUGGAGGACGUGCCAUCUGCGUAGUCUGUGUGUACGAUUACAGGUCCAGCAUUUGCGGAGCCGCUGAGUUGGCAAUUAAUUAGAUGAGAAUCCCCGUCAACAAUAUUGGCAUGGCCGAUCUAGUCCUCUUUCAUCUUGUUGAUCCUUCAUGGACAUAGCAACGAGUCAUCAACGAGUCGUCCUUGGUAAUAGUAACCAUCCUUUAGAAGGGGGAGCUACAGGUCAAGUGGGAAUCGAUGGGCUUGGAGAGCCAGUCUCUGUCGCCGCUGCUAUUUUGCUUGGUCAGCCGUCUUCCAGGGCGUUGUCGUAUGUAGGAGGAAGUAGGGUUCGUUCAUUCUGUAGUGUACGCAUUAGGCAAACUCUGCCGAUGUUAUUUUUGGUAAGUCGGCCGUCAUCCAGGCUUCCAUGACUGUCAUCAAAUGUAGGGAGGAAGAAGAAAGGGGUUCAGUUGUGUCGUGUGAUGCAUCUAGUUUACGAGUGAGAAAUUGCAACAGCCUUGCUUCCGGAUAUAUAUACUUCAACAAUCUUUGAGGAUGUCUUAGUUGUCGCUAGCUGUGAGUAUUUUCCAGGCUUGUCACACUACGCAUGUCCUCUUCCUUCCUUCCUUCCUUCCUUCCUUCCUUCCUUCCUUCCUUCCUUCCUUCAAGUUGCAUCCUUAACGAACCCAUGUGCUACACCCGUCCUUUUCUUGCCCACCCUUCGAUAUCAAGCCUCUUGAUUCCAGUCGAUUGUGCUUUUCCUUAGCUACCAUCUGGUUGACCGGGAAAUCCGGGUGGGUGGGCCGCGCAUCUGCGUAGCAGAUGUGCUCUUGAUGACCCAUAACAUUUGUAAGCCGCGAGCGGAUGGCGCGAUGAACUGGUCCUUGAUCAGUCAAGUUUUCGUAAUACAAGUUUCUGUACAUUGCAAGUGUGCGGUAAACCAUUGUUCGUCGGCUACGACGGCUAGCUGGUUGGUGGGCGAUCUGGUUGCGCUUCUCGAGGACCAAACGUGCGUGAGCGGAUUGACUCCGACGAGCUGUCUCGUCUGCAACGAACCAUUGUUUGUCAGCUAUCGACGCCUCCAGACGGGUGAGUGCUGCUGGCCCUUGUCAUCCAUAACCGUUACGGCUGUGGUCUUCACGCGAAUAGAACGCCCGGUCAUUAUAGCGGUCUUUGGGCCAACUUUUGGUAUAGAUGCAGCGAUAAUGUCAACCGGGUGUUCUAUUCGGGUGGAAGAAGGUAGUGCUCAACUUUGACAUCAGGGAGCGCAUCUGCCAAUCAGGUGUUUUGUUUACGGCAGUAGUGGGACAGGGAUAAUGACCGGGUGUUCUAUUCGGGUGGAAGACGGUAGUGCUUAACUUUGACAUCAGGGAGCGCAUCCGCCAAUCACGUGGUUUGUUUACAGCAGUAGUGGUUGCUGCUGGAGCCGAUGUGCUUGUUCUUAGCUAUAUGUUGCUGCUAGUCGUUGGCGGGCAUGGUGGUAGGCAGGUUCUCUUAGAGGGAGGUCAGCGUAAGUGGGUCAGCCCACACAGGUCAGCGUUACACGAUGUCGUCUGUCACAGCGUGGCAGGGGCAUCCUGAACUGCCUGUUCACUGGAUCUCGUACAGAUCGGUGCAGUACACAGAAUAGGUUGGCAGGGUUCGGUUGGGUUGGUGCGAAGCUGAGUGAGGAGGGAGGGGUCGGGUCGUGGAUAGUUUAAAUGGGAGGGCACUUCAUGCUGAGAUGAACCUUUGCUUUUGAAGUUGUUUGGGGCGCCGGGAAAGAUAAGGGCUCGAAGAGAAGAGGUGCUGCGGAGCAUGGGGUUAGACUUGCUAUGGAAAGGUUUGCCGCCGCUAUGCGGCAGUCUCUGUAGCUUUACUCUGUGUGCGAUGUCAAGCAAGUGGAGAAGUCUGAGCUUCUGUACCUAGAGUGCGCACAUUAUGCUGUUGCGGAACUCGCGAUACAUUUUUAGGUGUGGGCUCUAUCACUUACUUAUAGCGAAUAAUUGCAUCUGCUUGAAAGUGGAAUGCAAAGAGUAACCGCCCUGAACAAGCAGGUUGUAAAGGUAUCUUGAUCCUGCUAAGGGCCUCUCAGCUUCGUACUUAGUAAUACCGUAAUAUCUUAAUUGAUUGAGUGAAUGUUUGCUAUCCAGCCUGUGAGCUCAUCCAACUGUGUUGGGUUAUGUAGAAGUUGGAAAAAGACAGAACCAGGGUAGAAUAUGGCAGGUAGGUUGGUAUUACGUACGACCUUUAGUUCGACUGUGCAGGCUGGCACUUCUGAUUAGUAUGAUAGAUCGACACUGCUUUAUCUACGUUUGUAUGUGGACCUCGUUACCACUGAAGCAGUUUUGACUUUUCUCGAUAGAGAGAGAGAGAGAGAGAGAGAGAGAGAGAGAGAGAGAGAGAGAGAGAGAGAGAGAGAGAGAGAGAGAGAGAGAGAGAGAGAGGGAGAGUCGGUUAGGGAAAGAGAGGUGACCCGACGGAAGGGACGAGGGAUUCCUUGGGGACAGUAAAACUUAGCUAGCGGCUUUGGUCUUAUGCAGCCGCAUGGGUGUCAUGCAUAUAUAGGUAUUUGAACAUUGCUAUGUGUCUACAAUCUAUAGUGUUUCAUUUGUCUUCCCUUGAGCAGUUACGUAAUGCUGUCUAUUGUAUGUUCCUUCAUUUGGUAAUUAUGACAAGUUUUUGAAAUACUUCGUGACUGCGAAGUGCUGUGAGGAUUUGAGGCAGUUUGUCAUUCACUCUCCAUUUUGCUUGCUUCUCUCCUCUCUUUUUGCGCUUGCUGUCUGUGCCUGCGGGUCCAGCUCUUUCUGUC